ACCUGAACGUUUAGUCACGUGAUUAGCGCGUGCAAACCCAAAGCUAAGUCUAGCGAAUAGAUCUCAAGGUUGGUGUUCGAAGCUGCAAACCCUAACCCUAAUCACAGCGGCGAUCGAGUUCUUCCUUUCAGAAUGACAGAGACGCCGUUUCUUCCCCGCGAGAGACUGCUGAAGCACCAGCAGCAUUUCCAGAACAUUCACAAGCACACCUACUUGAAAGGGCCUCUUGAUAAGGUCACAUCUGUUGCGAUUCCGCUUGCGCUGACAGUGUCCAGCCUCUACCUCAUCGGCCGAGGGAUCUACAACAUGUCAUACGGGAUCGGGAAGAAGGAAUGAGAAGAAAGCUCUCGCCGACCUCGGAUGUUCUUAAAGCAUUUUAAAUAAACUCUACAGGCUGUAAUUGAAACCUGUAAAUUCUGCCACAUUUUGGUUUCUUGUUCUUGAUCUUCCAUUUCUAUUGUUUUAAUUCUACAUUUUGAUAUUGGUCAAUUGGAUCUUCAAUUCUUCGCCUA